AUGACCCUUUGGGACAUCGCAUCAAGCAACGACGCUUCGUGGUUUCGCUCACCUGGAAGCCGGAUCCAGGUGGCUCGCAUGGGGAAUGGCCAAGGUCUGCAAGGUGCCUGUGAAGAUGCAGGAUAUCGAAGGAUGGAGACCAGCUCCAGCUGCAGAUCUGCAUGUGUAGGUGCCUUCAUUGCUUGCCUCGUUCUGAUUCCUGCGACGCUGUACUCUGCAACGCUGCCAGCCUUGCCCAGGGCAGAGGGCCUUACCGCUUUCAGUGCAGGAGCUCGCAGCGCCGCCAAAGCGUGGACGGAGAACGAGAGGCCGGUGAUUGCUAUUUUAGCCAGCGAUUGUGGGAUCCUCUACAACUGCAGCUCCUACAUCCCUGCAUCCUAUGUGCAACUACUGCAGCAGGGUGGGGCGCAAGUGGUACCGCUUUACCCUGGCAUGAAGGAGGAGGAAUUUGACCAUGUUCUGUCGCACGUCAAUGGCGUGAUGACCAUCGGAGGCUUCUUCAAGAUGAAUGGCACAGCGGACGUAUACAUGCGGAAGAUCUAUGAUCACGUGGUGUCCGCCACCAAGCGCGGAGAGAUCUUCCCCUUCUGGGCGACCUGUGUUGGCAUCCAUGACAUGGUGCAGCUGGUCUCUGGGAAGGUCUAUGCUGAUUUCCUGACGCGCACCUACGCGGAGAACCUGGCGCUUCCACUGCAUUUUGAGCCUAGCGCUGACUUGAAAUUGCUCUUUGAUGAGGAAGUUCUGCCAGGCUCCAGCACCCUUCGACGCUGGCUCUCGGAUGAGCCACUCACCUUUCAUCACCACCAGUGGGGCAUCACGCCCAGCACCUUUCAUGGCAUCAAGGAGCUGAGGGAUGGCUUUCGAAUCCUGGCCACCAGUGAAGAUCGCAGUGGCACAACCUUCAUCUCCUUGUUGCAGGGCCGUCAGCAUCCGCUCUUUGCUUCGGCCUUCCACCCCGAGAAGCCCGCCUUCGAGUGGGGCUAUCACACUUCCGGGCUGCUGCAGAACACAGCGAUCCCUCACUCCCGACAGGCCAUACUGGCGAACCUGCACUUUGGGACCGCCUUUGUGCAGCAGACCCGGCGGAAUUUCAACAAGUUUGAUGCAAAGGAAUUGCCACAACGUUUGAUCUACAAUUUUCCGCUCUUUUACACGGCCGUGUACCCCGAGUUGAUCCGAGCCUUGGAGAUGGAGACAAGAUCCACGAGGUGUGAUGAAAGCUGGGAUUUGUCUCAAGGGGACUGGACAAUGAUGACCAUCUCGAGACAAAGCCCGGUGCAGAUCUGGCGCAACCCUGGAGGAGCGCGCUGCCCUCUAUGCUACGACCAGCAAAGACGUGCAGAAGCCGGGAGCGUUCUGCGGGGUGGCCAGGGGAUCAAACUGGAUCCGCCAGCGGAUCACUUCCGAUGUGUAGCAUGGAGCCAGUCUGGGCGCUGGGGCCUCGGCUGGAAGAUGGCACAAGCCUUUACCCGGAGUGAUGGGAUCAGUGACAUGUGGGUACCAGAGUCUGCCUCGAUUCUUUUCCAAACUUGGGAGGCCAAGACAAAGGCACCCACGCCAGCUGCGAGCACACACCCCACCCUGGGUGCACCAAGGACAUCGGAUGAGUACGAGAAGCAGGGAGCACCUGUCGGCGAAGGGACCUACGGAACCGUCUGGAAGGGGGUGAAGAAGACCACUCAAGAGGAGGUUGCGAUGAAGAAGGUGGGGAUCCGCUACGAGAAGGAGGGAUUCCCCACCACAGCCGUGCGGGAGAUCAGGGCCCUGCGAAAGCUGCACCACGAAAACGUGGUUCGACUGCUCGAUGUUCACACCGACACCUCCGGCACCGGAGUGGGUGACUCUUACCUGAUCUUCGAGCAACCCAUUCGGACGGUUGCAGGGUAUAUUGCAUACCGACGGAAGCUGAAAUUGUGGCCGGUCAGGUGCAUUGGCAAUAUGCUGAUUGAAGCCAUCGACUUCUGCCAUAUGCAGAACAUCAUGCAUCGCGACUUGAAGCCAUCGAACAUCCUCCUGACCAAAGAGGGUAAGCUGAAGCUCUGUGACUUUGGACUUUCGCGCUCCUUUGUGGACAAGACGCCACAGAACUACACCACGCGGGUGAUUACCUUGUGGUACCGGCCUCCUGAGCUUUUGCUCAGUAGCCCCAAGUAUGAACCCAGCGUGGACAUCUGGAGUUGUGCUUGCAUCCUCGGAGAGCUGCUCUUCGGUGUGCCGCUCUUUCCGGACCAGUCGGAGGUCCAGGUGUUGAAGCGGAUCCGGAAUCGGCUCAUGGCCUUCAACCCGGACCAGUGGCCCGAGUCGUUGAAGAAACUGCAUGCUUGGGAGAAGUUCUGGGGGCAGAUCAGCCGCCAGGGCGCUGGGCACGACAACCGAGACCUCUUCGUGGAUGCGCGGACGAAGCAUGGCAAGGAGGCGGCCGAUCUCUUGAAGGCGUCCUUGCACCUAGACCCUGGCCAACGCUUGGACUCGGAACAGAUGAAACGUCACGACUUUUGGUCCACCGUGAAGAUGCCGGGUGACAACCGGGAUCUCAAGGAGUUGGAUGUGAAGAAGCGCCGAGAGAAGGAGCACCGAGACCACCGAGAGCACCGAGAGGACUGGGAGAGAGAGAGAGGAGGCUGUGGAGAGGAGCGCGAGUCGCAGCGUCAAGCCGAGCGAGAUGCCACGACUGGGCAGAAGCGCCCGGCCGAUGCGGGUGGCCGCCGGCCAAACGUUCAGCCCGACGAGAACGCCAAGCGCCAGCGGAGAGAGGUCAAUGUUCAGUAUGGAACAGUAGUGGAUGCUCACCGUGAACACGAACACGAGGGCAUCCAGCAAAAUGUUCCACGGAGCAGGACUGGGUGGGCUGAGGGCGCUCAGCUCACUGGUACUGGAACUUGA